GGCCCAGCUGUUUUGAAAAAUGCUUCCUGUUUCUUUAAAGGCGCUCGCGGCUCGGGCGGCUGGGGCUGGGGAGGCGACGGCUGCAGGAGCUGCCUCCUCUCCGGGCGGCGGCGCUGACUGAUCUCGCGAACCGGGCUUCUGUGUAAACUGAGGCUAAACAAACACAGAUGGAGCGCAGCGGGCGUUCUCCAGCAGUGCUGGCGCGGCGGCAGCGACUUCAGAUGACACUCUGAGCGCUCCGGGAGCGGACGGCCCCGCGGCCACGCCGAGCCGGCGGCGCAGCUGCCCCGGGCGAGGGGGAGAGGGCGCGCGGGCGGGAGCGCGGGCGGGCGGAGGGGGAGCGCCCGAGACUCGGCGGCGCUGCGCGCGGCGGCGGCCCGGGCAGAGCCGGCGCGCGGCGUGCAGAGCGGGUGCAGCCGGCGCGCGUCCCGCGUCCCCACGCCCCCCCGGCCCGCGCGCUGUCCGCGCCAUGAAGCACAUCCCGGUCCUCGAGGACGGGCCGUGGAAGACCGUGUGCGUGAAGGAGCUGAACGGCCUCAAGAAGCUCAAGCGCAAGGGCAAGGAGCCGGCGCGGCGCGCGAACGGCUAUAAAACUUUCCGAUUGGACUUGGAAGCGCCCGAGCCCGCCGCCGCCGCCGCCACCGCCACCAACGGGCUGCGGGACAGGACCCAGCGGCUGCAGCCCGUCCCCGUCCUGGCCCCUGUGCCAGCCGCCGUGGCGCCGGCCGUUCUCCCAGGUGGGAGCGCGGACACAGCUGGGGAGCGCAGGGGCGCCGGGGCGCCGGAGGUCUCGGACGCACGGAAACGCGGCUUCGCCCUGGGCGCAGUGGGUCCGGGACUCCCCACGCCGCCGCCGCCGCCGCCUCCAGCGCCCCUGGGCCAGGCACCUGGAGGUCCCGAGGCACCGUCGUUCCGCGAGCCCGGCCUGCGUCCCCGCAUCUUGCUGUGCGCACCGCCCGCACGCCCGGCGCCAGCCGCGCCCCCCGCGCCCCCGGAGCCCUCGGUGCGCCCCGCGCUCCCCACGCGCCCGGGGGAAAGUUCCUACUCGUCAAUUUCACACGUAAUUUACAAUAACCACCCGGAUUCCUCCGCGUCGCCUAGGAAACGGCCGGGCGAGGCGACCGCCGCCUCCUCGGAGAUCAAAGCCCUACAGCAGACCCGGAGGCUCCUGGCGAACGCCAGGGAGCGGACGCGGGUGCACACCAUCAGCGCAGCCUUCGAGGCGCUCAGGAAGCAGGUGCCGUGCUACUCGUAUGGGCAGAAGCUGUCUAAGCUGGCCAUCCUGAGGAUUGCCUGUAACUACAUCCUGUCCCUGGCGCGGCUGGCUGACCUGGACUACAGCGCAGACCACAGCAACCUCAGCUUCUCCGAGUGCGUGCAGCGCUGCACCCGCACCCUGCAGGCCGAGGGGCGUGCCAAGAAGCGCAAGGAGUGACCGGCCCCGUGGCCCAGGGACACUAUGUGGGCCUCUCUCCAGGGACAGUGAGCUCGCCACGCCCAGCCUCGCCCACCCGUUGUCUUCCCUGAGAUGCUGCUGGACACAGCCCACACACUGCCUCUCAGGGCCAGACAGGAGCCGCCUGCCUCCCUGUCACUCCCGCUGUCACCCACCCACUCCACGGGGACUGCGCAUCUUGCCCUGUGCCUGGUGAGGAAGGGCGAGGUCGGCCUGGGGCCUGUUGUCUGGCUACAGAGGUCCGCUGUCGAGGAUUCGCCAGAGCCCCGGGAUGGAGCGCGGGAAGGAGCCCCAGCAAGCAGCCACAGUGCGGCUCCGUCCCUCCUGCUGCCUGAGUCCCAUCUCAAGCCAAAGACGAGGCAGCGACUCCACAGGAGCUCGUGGCAGGGUGGACCCUCGGUGACCACGGGCACAACUUGACCCCUGACCCAGCGCUCGGUCUGCACUGGGUCCUGACUGGCUGGGGACAACAUGAGCCUUCUGGGGGCUACGCAGGGAGGCUGGAGAGGCCUGGAAGGGUAGGGGGUGGGGCUGAGUGCCUACCCUCUCUCCGCCCUCCUGCUGGCUGCCAAGCCCUCUGACCCUGAUUCCGGAUGCCCCCUGGACCCAGGAGCAUCCCCAGAAAGGAGGAAGAGGGGAAGAAGCCACAUCACUCGUCUCCACCCCAGGGACUUGCCCUGCCUAAGGGUCUUUGCUUCCCCAGCUGGCUGCCCCUCACCCGUGGCCCACCCUCACGGCAGGGCAGACGGGAUGGCGCCCUGCUUGGAGGCCCCUGGUCUGUUACCGAUUGUGCAGGCCAGGCAGAGGGAGGACGGGACCAGGGGGAUGGGCCAGUGCGUGGGGGACGGGCGCGUUCACAGCCAAGGCGGCCCCCUCCGUGUGCUCGAAAGGCCAGAGCUGUUCGCGUCUCUGCUCCACCACCUGCUUCAAAUUGAAGUAAAAGCCCCAACGUGCAACGCA